GCGCAGCUAACCCCAGAUGCCGAAUCUCCCUUGGCGAAGCUCUGUGACUUGACCACCGGCACUGUCCAGAGUUUCGAGCAGUACCUCGCACACAACCUUUGGGAUGACACGCUCGCACGGAAGCUCAAGGACAUGGAGCAAAAGGUUCUUGCGGAAAGCCAACGCCUUCUUGGCUUGUGCGACAAGAAACACGCAGCCGGGGAGUCAUCAUGGAAGGCGGGCCUUUCGGCCGAAUCUACGAUCGCCGAUGUACUCGACGAGUACGUCAAGCACUUGGAGGACCUGGACGGCAAGAGUUUGCGCAAAGGCAUCAAGGUCUUCGCCGAGGUCCAUGAACACAAUAAGUAUCAGGAGCUCAAAUCGAUGGGAUCCUUCUUGGACAAGCAUGGCGAUGGCGUGGGCUCCGACACCAAGGACGUGUUUUCUUCCGUGAGGGUGACCUAUGAUGCUGUUACGGAGGAUGCCAAACAAAUUCAAGCUUUGGUGAUCGAGUCUAUGAUGGCACAUGGCAUCCGGAUGCUGACAGCGACUCCGGGGGGUGACCAAGAUGCAGCUAAGCGCUACGAUAAAGGCAUGAAAUCCAUCGUUGAAGCCAAUGCUCUUCUGAUUGGCCGUGCGAGCAAUGUUGAGGAUUGCAGUAUCCAGGCUGCCUUGCUGGAAGCAGCAAGAGCCAAGCUCGUGUAG